AGCCCACUAAAGAGUGACACAAAGAAGAAGGUUUUAUCAGCGGCAUCUCGAGAGUCAAAAGGAAAAUAUAAAAGUCGGUCAGGGACCCGAAUAUGUAUUGGGUACGCUCUGGAAGAAUGAGGCUGGUUCAACUCAAUUUGGGCCUGAAAAGGAUGCGGACAUGGCGCAUUUUCUAGUGACGAGCUACCGGAAGAAGCAGGCUCCUGAAACUGCAAUUCAGGGAGGUUAUGUGCAGUCAACCUCGACACCCAGUAAGAGAACAGACGCUAAAAUGUCGCAUCGAUUAUCUCCAACUGAACCAGUGUCUGAGGGGUUAGUAUCUUUUCUGUAAAACAAAUAUUCACGUUUUUGUGCUAUGAUAUUUCAUACAUUAAAUUACACCUUGCAUAUCCACUAGGGAUGCUCCGAUCCGAUCACGUGAUCGGAAAUCGGGCCCGAUCACGUGACUUUUAAAAGAUCGGAAUCGGGUGUUAAAGAUCAGAUUUAACCUUAUAAAACAACAAGCAUGACAUUUUUAAUCAAUCUUGAGUUUCAAAUUGAAUAACAAUGGCUUAAUUUUGUACCAAGUUUCACUUCCUCAAUAAAGACAUGACACCAUACGGCAGCCGUAACGUCACACGUUUUAAAGUGGACCGUGGAACUCAGGUAGCAGUUAGCUAGCAGGUUAAUGCUCGUCUCGCUCCAGGAGAGCAAAAAAUGUCAGCGGUUUGGAAUCAUUUUAAACUGGAGACCGAAAGCUGUCCAGCAGCCACUUGCAACGUGUGCAAACUGAGUGUUUCACAUGGUGGAAAAGACAGAGCUGCUUUUAACAGCGCGAACCUGAUCCGGCAUCUUAAGAACAAACAUCCAGCUCAAUAUUCCGAGUUCACCGCGGCAACGCAGAUCAAAACAUGGAGCCAGCCGACACGGGAAGCUAUGCUGAAAAACAAAGAAAAACUUCCUAAGGAUAGCGACAAGGCCAAGAACAUCACAGCCGAGAUAGCUGAAUUUAUUGCACUAGAUGACCAGCCGCUGUCUGUGGUUUCAAACGUAGGAUUUCGCCGUCUCAUGGAGCACCUGGAGCCACGGUACGAGUUACCUUCUCGAAGCUACUUUACAGACACAGCUCUGCCCAGCAUUCACAACAAGCUACGUGACCACCUGUUAGUCAUGCUAUCAAAGGUGUCUGCUUUUGGGUUUACCACAGACAUAUGGAGUUCGUCUGUUUGUCUAAUGUCACUGAUCAGCUUCACUGCACAAUGGAUCGACUCGAGUUUUAAUUUACAACGUGCUACGUUAAAUGUGCAACAUUUUCGCGGAUCUCACACAGCAGAGCAUGUGAAACAGGCUAUCGAAGAGAUGCUGAACAGUUGGGCAAUUGAAAAGGAACGUGUCCAUGUAAUUGUGCGUGACAAUGCGCGAAAUAUGAAGAGAGCCAUGGAGGACUUGGCAGUACCGAGCUUGGGCUGUGUUGCACACACGCUUCAACUUGUUGUGCACGAGGGUCUGCUCUCUCAGCGCAGCGUCACAGACACAAUGGCUAAUGCCAGGAAGAUAAUAGGCCAUUUCAAACAUUCUCCUUUGGCCUAUUCACGCCUGAAAGAUAUCCAGAUUUCUCUGAAGAUGACCGUGAAGCGCCUGCAGCAGGAUGUGCAUGUUAGAUGGAACAGCAGCCUCUAUAUGCUACAGAGCAUUCUGGAGCAAAAGCGAGCGCUCAGCAUCUAUACAGCUGACCACAACCUCCCUGCUACACUAACAUCUAGUCAGUGGACCCUGAUGGAGAAUACAGCUGAAGUGUUAGUUCCCUUGGAAGAACUGACUAGGGAAGUGAGCAAGGAGACUGCAACUGCAGCAGAUGUGAUCCCUGCCAUUUCAGCUCUCAGACGUGUCCUGUCUCGAGAGCAAACGACUGACCAGGGUGUUCGAACCAUGAAAAGAACUCUCCUAGAGGCGGUGGAGACUCGCUUUGCUGAGGUAGAAAAGGAACCACUCUACAGCAUCGCCACUUGAGUGGAUCCAAGAUACAAAGACAGGCAAGUAGAAAUAAUGUACAUUUUUAAUUUGAUUCUAAGAAAAUAAAUUUUCAAAACUGUAAGUCAGCCAAUGUCUAAUUAUGUUUUUAAAAUUUAGAUUUAGCUCUGUUAAUGAUUAGAGAAUUAUUUACUAUUACAUUAAUAUAACAGCUGAACUGUUGUGUUAUGCAGUGUCUUGCCUAACAAUUUUUUUAAAUUGUUACAUUUAUCUUGUAGAUAUUUCACAAAGUCAGACCACCUGAGGUUUGCUAAAGAUUCCCUCAUCCAGGAGGUGAUGAAGAUGGAGGAGAACAGGGUUGCCAGUAAAGAACCAGAGGCAGCAGAGCCUGUGAGCAAGGCACCUCGUCAAGGAGCAGGAAGCAGCCUUGGCAGCAUCUUAGAUGAGAUCUUAGAAGAGCGUCAGCCAGAGGCCCAAUCUGUGAGUACCACAUCAGCAGAUGUCCAGGUAUGGAUCUACCUUUCCGAACAAACCAUCCCUAGGAAAAGCAAUCCUCUUGACUACUGGAAAACACAUGCUACACAGUUCCCUUCACUGGCUGCUGUUGCAACCAAAUUUCUCUGUGCCCCCUGCACCUCAGUGGACAGUGAGAGACUCUUUAGUGCAGUGUCAAACAUUCUUGAUGAGAAUAGGAAUCGGCUCUCCCCCGACAAGUUAGAGAUGCUGAUUUUCCUCAAAAAAAAAAAAACAUGCACUUUAUUUGGGAGCCUUAGAGUAAAAGUUGAGCUCCAUAUAGAGCACAUGGAAGAGGUGAUUUACCAGUUCUUUGCAAUUUGAUGUUGAUGUUUUAUACUUGAAUGGUGUUAAGUUCGUACACCACUUUGUUUAGGCAUAUCUUUUGUUCGUUUUAAUAAACUAGUCAGUCUAAAGGCCUAAGAUGUAUUUUAUUUUGUUACCUGACUGAAUUAUGCAACUACCUCUUAGAGGUGGAGGUAAGCACUUUAAUUUAACUUCUAUUAUUGUGUUGAGUUAUUUUACAAACCUUUUCUACUUUUCUAUAAAAACAAAUUUGUUUACAUAUUGUUGCACCACUGAUAAGCUACAAAGAUAUAAUUUUGUUUCCUUAGUUUGAAGUGCUGCUGCACUAACAAAAUGUUUCUACUUUCUUAUGGUAUCAUGUUGGAUGCUGUCAUAUAAAUAAUAAUAAAAAAAAACUAACAGGUUAAUUUGGGUGCAGUCUCCCUUUUUUCUUGCUAUUUUAUUGUAUUGCUGAAGUAUCGGAUCGGGACUCGGUAUCGGCAGAUACUCAAAAUCAAAUGACUCGGAAUCGGAUCGGGAGCCAAAAAAUGUGAUCGGAACAUCCCUAAUAUCCACACUUGGUUCAGAACUAACAUCACACCACCAAACACUUCUGACAUUAUCUUUACAGGGAAGAUUUUCUAAUGGCUGGUGUUGAGGCCUUAGCUGAUGACCUAGAUUUGGAUCCUUUUGAAGAAAGGCUGGGAUCCUAAAGGGAAUUUCCAUCCUACUUGUGUGGCUGAAGGACAUCGUCAACCAAUUUUGGUACAUUUGCCAGAAAGCACAACAUCGUGAUAUGUUUAAUGUAAGUAUUGUGACAUCUUUUGGACAACAAGACAACAAUGCACAUUGACAUAAUUACCUUUCUUUUCAUAAUAGUGCCAGCUCUCGUGUUUCUGUUGGUGAGCGCUUCUGUCACAUGUAAAGUUUUCAAAUAAAACUUAUUUUUUCUGUUAGGACAUGUGGGUGGAUGUGCUUCACCAUGUCACAGGGAAGCACGAAUGGACCCGUGGCAAAUGUGACCAUGGACCACUUGAUGCAACGACCAGUGAUAAAGAGCUCAUGGUACCAUGAUCUCCACCACACGAGGCUCUUCAACGAAUCAUGUUCAACAGACGCUGGUUGAAGGAAGUCACCAAGUAUCUGACCUUUAGGUAUAUUGAUAACAUUUUCAUAAGCAAAAAAGCUAAAGUUUCAAUAUCAAAGCUGACAAUUUACAUAUAGAAAUGACAAUUGUGGGUGAAAAGGCAAUCAAAAGUGUGAUUCCUAAUAAUCUAUAAAGUUGUAGCUUUUGUUUUUUUUACAGGUCAACUUCAGAACUGGAGAGUUUCCAGAAUUGCGUUCUCAUGUAAUCUAUGUAUGAUCUAAUGCUGCUGUUCUCCUCCCUCCAUAAAGGCCCCAGCUACGUGAAGCAUCAAAAGACAGGAAUGACUUCUUUCAUGCACACAGAUUUAUUAGAAAUUAAGAAAAAAUACUAUGUACAAAUGCAAAUAACAGAACUUUUUUGUACAUAAAUAAAAAUAAAUAUAUUGCACAAACUGUUUGUUUAUUUU